AUGUCUUGGGAACAGGUAACUUUUUCACUUAGUCCUAGAAGCAAAGGAUGUUAUCUCAUCACAGAUGAAGUAUUACGCAAUGUUCCUCAAAUCAAAAACUACGAAGUUGGUAUUCUCAACUUGUUCUUGCAACACACCAGUGCAGGGUUGACUUUGAACGAAAAUUGCGAUCCCGACGUAAGAACCGAUAUGACUUCCUCAUUAGAUAGAAUGGUUCCUGAAGGUGACUUUUAUAUCCAUGCUGAUGAGGGCCCUGACGAUAUGCCUGGUCAUGUUAAAAGCACCACUGUUGGGGUCAAUUUAAACAUUCCCAUUAGCAACGGUAGACUUGCAACUGGUACUUGGCAAGGAAUCUACUUGUGUGAAUUCAGAACUUACAGACACACUAGAAGGAUAGUGGCUACAAUUAACGGGAAGAAGAAAUAG